CUUUCAGGCUUUCAGAGUCUAGGCAAACCAUAUCAACGCUGCGCCUCCACGCGUUCUCCCCCAACACCAUCGGUGUCGGCAAUCACCUCUACGUACACCACCGAAAUACUCCUCCCAUCCAAAACUUUUGUCCGACUCUAGCCUAAAUAAACAUUCGACAGCAGGGGGCAGCACCCUUGUACCACAAUCUGCUAUUCGUUGAGUGUCGACGAUGCUGAGAGAAACGGCGGUGCGGUGAAGAUGCUUAGAUAAGCAGCAAUACGGCGAGAAUGCUAACAAAAGCGGCUAAACAGGUGGAAUAUUCUCUAAAGGGCAUAUUGACUUAGCUUAGGCCAAUUGUGGGUUAUGCAUACUCAAGCACAGAAUUCUUGAAUUUCUAAGAUAAGUUAUAUUUUGACAUACAUACCCAAAAUAUUAUAACAUCUUUAAUGUAUAUUUAAAGGAUGUUGGUUUUUUCAAUAUAGUGCUUUAGAAGAUGGUCAAAGACUCAAAGGUAAAAAAUAACAGAUGUACUAUAUCCAUUUGUAAUGUGUAAGUCGUUUUUUCUUCCAAACAGUUUAAUACAAUGUAAUAAGUUCCUGUUUAUUUUUUUGGAUAUCUUAAAUUCGAAGUUCAGUAACUUCAAGAUCUUGUCUGCGGGUGGUCAUACAUGGUGUGUAAUGCAAUGUUUUCAUGUUUCAAAUGAAAAAUUAUUCGAAUGAUGCAAGCUUGUUUAAUGAUGUCAAACUUUGGGCAAUUAUUAAUACUUUAAUAAAUAUAAAAUAAUAUCUUAAAUGUUUAUAAUGAAAAAAUAUUAAAAUUCAUGAUAAUUUCUUUCAAUCAUUCGGGUCAUGUUUGACACAUCUAUCUUUCAGGUCUGUGAUUGAUAAUAUGACUACAUGAGUAUUAUUUUAUUACGGAGUAAUUAAUACUACAUGAUAAGAUGAUAGUAAAUGCUCCAACUUAAAGUUUGCUAUGAAUUAAACACGUAAUAUUUCAUUGUUUUAGUAAUGGUUUUAAUUAGCUUAACAGGUUCUAUAAUAACAAUAAUAAUACGGACUAAUUCUUUAGCUAGUUAAUAAUGUUUCUAAGUAUGGUCUAAAAGGUGAUCGAUGAUACUCCGUAUUUGAUACUCCGAAUUACCAAAGAUAUGGGCAUAUAUAUUGUGUACUCUAUAUCGUUUGUAUUGUUUUAAAUUAAAACGGGGAAUAAAUGCUACUGCAUAAUACAAAGUAUUUUUCUGAAGAUGCACUUUCUUGGUUUCAAAAUUUCUAACAUCAUUAUAUUUGUGAAUAGAGGUCGGUACACUUGAUUUGUGUCAAUACACUUUAUGCAUAAGAAAUUGUACAUUACUCUUAAAAAGGGGACCAUAAUUUUCACGUUACUUUUCUACCCUUACACCGUCAAAGCUUAAACUAACUCUUCCCAUCAUGUCUUUACCAUAGCACGUUAAAACCUUCUCUACUUAGUAUGUAUGUAGUAUUACUUAAUUAGUUCAUGUUGGCCGGUUAGCCCACAAAGAUGGUGUGGAUAUCUAUUGGUCGUCACCGCCACCCGAGUGGGUUGCUCUCAAUUCAGACGGUUCGUUAUUCCUGAGACCGGACGAGCAGCCGCAGGAGGCUUGUUCCGUGAUUCCGAUGGACGCUGUUUAGCAACCUAUUCGAUGAACUUGGGGAUUUGCUCAAUCACCAGGGCGGAAUCGAGAGCGGUUGUGACAGGUUUGCAGAUUGCUUGGGAGAGAGGAUAUUGUCGUGUACGAGUGCAGCUAGAUUCGAGUGCUGCAGUUCACCUACUAUUGAGUGACGGCGAGCUCACAAACCAGAACUCUUUUGAGGUCGCCAGUUUUCGUGGGAUGUUGGAUCGAGACUGGAUGAUCAAAGUUGAGCAUAUAUAUCAGGAGGGCAAUCGGGCUGCCGAUUUCUCGGCUGGCCUAGGCCAUAGUUUACCUUUUGGUGUUCACUCUAUAUGGAUGAUCCUACUUUAUCGCUACACAUUUUGUAUGAUUUGUUGGGGUUUCUCAGCCUCGAUUGAUUGUGAAUGAAAGAUAGGUGCUGAUGCGCCUAUGGUUUUACCUA